UGGAGGGGGGCCGUGUCGAGACAGUCGACACAGAGUAGGAGAAUGAGGAGGAGCGAGUUCGGUGCGCGGCGGAUGUUGUGUUCUGUAGUCUGAGUGAGUGAGUGAGUGAGUGCAGUGACAUGACGUGAUGCCGUCUCUGUCCGACACAACAGACGGGUGCAGUGCGAUCAUGUGACAAACACGGCAGAGGGAAUGCCCUCCACUUCCCACAUAUCCGUCGAACUAUGUUACAAUCUACAGUGUUUACGUUAGGGCAUCCCCUGUAGUAGUGACUCAUAAUGCCGAGAAGGAAGGGCCAUGGAAUCCCCCCGACUAAGCGUGUAAAGCAACCAGACGCCAUUUCCAGAUCUGCACCUCUCAAGAACAAGUUGUAUAAUGAAAUUCCUGCUCUAAGUGGAAAGGAAGAGCCAAUCCAAAUGACUGUAAACGCAGUGCCAAUCAAGUCAGAGCCACCAUCAAUCAUCAGCGAUGCGCUUCACAGCAAGUACCUGCACAAGAAGUUCAAGAAGAUGGCAUCCACCUUACUGCCCGAAGAGACCAAUAAUGUGCUCAACGGGCGGUUCAACAAGGGUGGGAGCCGUGUCUCCGUAUCUCCGGACUUCAGUGACAGUGAGAAAGUGAUGUCACCUCCAGAAAAUGCCCUGAAGUCAGAUAUCCCCCCCACCUCUCGUGUGAUCUCUCCCCCCGCCGGUCGGUACGUUUGUUCCUACUGCAAACUGGCAUGUGCCAAGCCCAGUGUCCUUCAGAAACAUAUCCGUGCUCACACCAACGAACGACCUUAUCCCUGUUUGCCUUGUGGUUUUGCCUUUAAAACCAAAAGUAAUUUGUAUAAACAUUGUCGAUCCAGAGCUCAUGCUUCAAAAUUGGAAGAGAGGGGUGAGAAGGUUCCGUUAUAUGAAGGUGAAGAAGCGGUCAGUUCUGAAGAGGAUGACAGCUUAUCGAAUACUUCCAAUGCUGCCUCAGUGACUUCCAAAGCAGAGAAUGAUCAAGACGGGAAGGAAGAAAUACCCAAAUCGAUUUAUAAACCGAAGUACAGGUUUAUGGACCAGCCAUUAAAAUCUCCCUUAAGUGAAAAGUUAGAUGAGAGGAAGGAGAACACUAUCACGCCACCUCGUCUUCAUCUUAAUAUUCCUGUGCCAAACGCUACUCCUUCCGUUUCCACUCCUUCGCCUUUUACUAGUGGUUCUUCUCCUAGCCCCGAAUUCCUUCAUCGUCAUAUCAAUAAGAUUAUAAGUGAAAAUCAAGCCAUUGUUGAAACUAAUGAUCCCUUUUGGACGAAAAAGUUUCUACAAAGAACAAACAGCAGUGAUAAUAAUUCGUCUUCAAGUCCUCUAUCUACUUCUCCUUCACCUGCAGAUGUCAAUUUGUUGAAGAAAAUUCCUAAGUACAAUGUUGGACCAGAGACUUUAGAAGAAGUAAAUUGUGAUAAAACGGUACCCAAGCACUCCAAGUUAGCCCUAGCUCUGUUGAGGCCACAAUCUUCAGUGUCUCCAAAGUUUGCAAACCAUCCUGCACCAGUAGCAGAAGUAUGUGAUGUACAGCCUUUAAACUUAUCCACCAAUAAUAAAGAACAGAGUUUAGCCAAUUUGAAUCGCAAAAGAAGUUACUCAGAAGGAUUUCCUGACAGAUCUCCCAAAGCUUUGCGAGAUAGAGUUAAUGCUGUUCCAUUAAAAAUACUUAACUACUCAGUCCAAGAUUUCAGAAGAUUUGCUUCGACAUUGUCUGAAAACAGUGCGCCAAUUUUAUUAAAUCACUUAGAUAUAAAGAAAGAAAUUAUAGGUACUCCGCAAAACCCUGAGGGCUCAAUUAUUAAGGACUUAUUGUUGAAAGCCAGAGCUGCUGGGUCAACUGUAAGCUCGUCUAUAGGACCAAUUCUAGGCACUCCAGGAAUAGAUUUAAAGCCACAUUUAUCACUUACUCCUCCAGUUUCAGACGAAAGAGCUUAUUCACCUUCUAGUCAAUUUGUGUGCCAUUUAUGCAAAGAACCUAUAGGUUAUCGAAAUGCAGAAAGUCUAGAAAUCCACCAACUAUAUCAUUGCAAAGGUAAUGAUACAUCAUCUAGGUCAUCUCUGAAUAGUCCUUCUCCUCAUGCAGAUCUCCAUCAUCCAGAGUCUCCUUAUCGUAAGUCUGUUUCCAAAGAAGGGCCCAUUCUUAUUGCUCCAUCACACCCAUCACCAGGACCCUUGCUUGGCAGCACACCAUUAGUUGACAGCUACCGUACAAAAAGCCCACAUACACCGGAACCAAACCCAACAGUGCUAAAGAAAAGAAAGUUUGAUACUGGAGCAAUAGAAACUAGAGUGAUCUCAGCUACAACUCUACGCUCUUUAGAAGAACUUUCAAAAAGUCCCAUGCGAUCAAACUUGCAGAUGUUUGGCGGUGAGGUUAAAAUAUUAGAUAGUCCAGGUGGUGAAGCAAAGACUAUGAGAAUAGACCCUUUAAGAGGAUCUUCAAAAACGCCUUCAGAUAUUCCACUGCAAGUCACCGCUCAUCCUGGGAAAAACAUGACAAAAGAAGAAAGUGAUCUCCAAGACUCUUCCAACAUGGUUGUGAAGAUAGCUAAACAAGGACUGCAUUCUGGAGGAUCCAUUGUGCAAGUUCCCCACAAACCAGUAUCUUCUGAGCACCAUUCACCUCGACAGAACUCCACCUCCAGACCUAUGGUGUCCGGAUCUCCAGCACCCCACCGGCCUGGGUUCCAAGAGCCUAGCAAAAUGCUGAUUCCCAUCAUACCUGGUGCAAGUCCUCAAAAUAUCUCCCUUUCAGGGAUCUCAAAUCCAGUCCAACUACCCUUCAUACCAUUCACUUCUAUCCUGUCAGAAUCUAAUGUCAUAAAUCCUUUAACAAAUAUAACUGCCUACAAUCCCCUUACACUUCCACCCGCAUCAAUGAUUCCUCCAAGCUCUCCAAUGGGUAUUACCAAUCCCUACUCCAGUGGAAUCGUCACGAUUCUGCAUGGUGGGAAGGAAAUUCCGUACGUUCCAGGGAUGCCAGGACCUCACACACUUCUCCCUAAUCACUCAGUGCCAAUCUUCUCUUCAAAAUUAGAACCUGAAUCUAAACUUGUAAAGUUGCCUGAAAACACAGCAAACACCUAUCAAGAGCAACUGUCAAGAGGGUGUAAAAAUGAGAGGGCACCGAAUCAGUCUGUGAUCAACAAACCCUCAUCUCUGAGUAUCCCAACAAUACAGGUGAACAGUGAGACAAUGGAGAGUCCAGUGGAUCAAAGCACAUCCAGUGGUGCCAACCUGCGUAAAAGAUCCAUUGACGAGAGCCAGUCCACUUCCAUCUCUAAGCCAUCGACACCCAAGAAGAGCCAGUUAAUCUUUCCCCAGUUCAUAUUGCCUGAGGAGGACGAGACGGAACCAAAACCGGAGAAGAAGUUCCUGCGGCCCACAUCUCUGCCGCUGAAGCCUGGCACAUUCGUGCCAAAGCGGCAGCAAUUGACGCCAGUCCUCUCAUUGGUCAGUCCUGAGACACCUCGCCCACGUAAAUCUUACGGUCAGCUGUAUCUCAACGGCCAUGCCUACACCUAUCUCGGACUGAAGUGUUCCACUCGAACGUUCUUCUGCACUCUCAACAAGCCACAGCCCAUCUACGUGCCCCUCUCCCCCGAACAUAACAGAGUCUCCAUGUAUUCCAACUGGAAGGUGUGUACGGAAGCAGAUCCAAAUCCAUAUGGACUGGACCCCGGACGUGCUAUGGCCCUGUACGAUUCCCGUCAUCGUCCGGCCACAUACACACUGGCGCAAUCGCACAGCAGUGAGGCCGUUACCCAUUCUGCGUACUGGACCAACCGUCACUCUCCCGAUGAUAGAGAAGAAACACCAGAAGCUAUUCCCAAAAGAGUGAAGAUAUUUGCUGGUGGCUUUGAAUCCAAUGAAGACUACAUUUACAUUAGAGGCAGAGGACGAGGACGGUAUGUGUGCGAAGAAUGUGGUAUACGAUGCAAGAAGCCCUCCAUGCUCAAGAAACACAUCCGUACUCACACAGAUGUCCGGCCCUUCACCUGCAUCCAUUGUAAAUUUAGCUUCAAGACCAAAGGCAAUCUGACUAAACACAUGAAGUCUAAGGCUCACUACAAGAAGUGCUCUGAUCUCGGCAUUGACCCGGUGCCAACAGUGGUGGACGAAUCUUAUGUAGACGAAGUGGCCUUAGCCCACCAGCAAGCUCUUCGAGAGACUCAAGGAGUUGAUCCGGAGGAGUCUGAAGAAGAGGAAGAAGAAGAAGAUGAAACGGAGGAUGAUGAUGAUGAAGAUGAAGAUGACGCGGAAGGAGGAGAGGAUUGUGUGGAGAGGGAGGCUGCGCGCUCCCUGUUGACUCUGAGUGAGACACUCCAGUCGGCAACACAGAUGAAGAAAGCGAGUGAAGGGUUGCUGUCGAUGACUGCACGACCUAGCACGUACCCGUACAGCUUCACCAGUGUUACUGAAACAGCAGUUGACACGCAGCCGCAGACUCCCACUUUGACAGCUAUCAGCGCACAACGAGAGCGCGAGAAGGUUUCCCAGAAUACCGGACUGGCACGUGAGGUCCAGGGCGAGGGGAGGGUGAAAGCAGGAGUAGAAGGGGAGGGAAUAGUGAGGGGAGGAGUGGAGGAAACCCAGAGCAACAGUGACAAAGGGGUGGCUGCGCGUUACUACUUCCCCUCAAGUCAUGACUUAGGGGACUCUGUGCCAGAGUCCAGUGGUAUGAAGCAGUCCACACCCAUUGAUCUCAGCAACAAGCCGGCAGACAAGAGUCCACGAGUGUGUGAAGCAGCGAUGUUACUUGCGUCACUGUGCUCAACGAUGGAGCGACUGCCGACGCCCACCACGACGACAGCGGCUGUGAGCGAGGACAGCACACUGCUGCAGGCCUAUCUGACCGAGAGGGCAGUGCAGGAUUCCCGCAUGAAGCAACACCAGUACAAGCACAAGCCGCCAGUCAAUGUGACUGCGGGUCUCAACAUAUCAGCGGCCAAGGAGAAUGCGCUCGGAAUACUAGCGCAGACAUCCUCGGAUGCUCGCAAGCUGCCGACGAGCGAGCCUCAGACCAACAAGCCUCAGGCUGAGUUUCUCCCCCCCUCCAGUGCCCCUUCUCCCAGUUAUGUCAGUGUGUUAGAGGAUGGGCGCAGCAUGUGUAACAUGUGCAACAAAGUGUUCUCGAAGCCCAGCCAGCUGCGACUGCAUGUUAACAUUCACUACUUCGAGCGACCGUUCCGCUGCGAAUCGUGUGCAGUCAGUUUCCGCACCAAGGGCCACCUCCAGAAACACCAGCGGUCCGUCUCGCAUCUCAACAAGGUAAGUAUGAACUCCACAUUCGGAACGGCGACGACCAGCAACCCUCGCCCAUUCAAGUGUGAUGACUGCAAGAUAGCCUUCCGCAUCCACGGCCACUUGGCGAAGCACUUGAGGUCAAAGAUGCACAUCAUGAAGCUUGAGUGUCUGGGCAAGCUGCCGUUCGGUACUUACGCAGAGAUGGAGCGGUCCGGCAUCAACAUGAACGAUAUCGACACCACCGAUUGUGACAACUCCCUAGAGAGCUUACAGCUCUUGGCUCAAAAACUAUACGAGAAGGACCCAUCUAAGUUAGGCCAAUGGGAUCCUAGUGAGAUGCUGCCCCACCCUCUCAGUGCAGGAGACUCCUCGUCCGAGGGGGAGGAGGACAUUCCGCUUCCCCUACCCCCACCCUCUGCCACCAUACUCAGCCCCGUGCAGAGGUUUCCUCCGCCAGCCCUUCAGAAGGCCAUCUUGUCAACGGUACAGGAGCCAGUGAAAUGUGUCAUCAACAUUCGAAACCCGUCUGUGAACCACAAAGGUCCAAAGCACAAAACGGAAGGAGCGGAUGAACCUGUGAGCGACAGGCGGACAGAUGAGCCUGGCGAGAGCCAGUAGAGCCGAUCUUGUGUAUAUUAUGUGUAUAUAGUGAGUGUGCAGGUGUUUUUGUAAAUAUUAGACUUAUGGUUGUUCGAUACACUGAAUGGGCCCAAUUGUAAAUGUAGUGUGAUUUUCAAUGUACAAAUUUGCUUUUAAAAAUAUUUUAUUGUGAUUUCUGUCCAGUUGGUGACCUUGAAUUUUGUAAAAACCCAGCUUAAAAAUGUAAACGGCUACCUAUUUUUGGAUUGUUUUUAAAAUUGUAAAAUAACCUAAAUGGUAUUCAAAGAAAUUGUUAUUUUAAUAUUGUUUAAAUUGUUGACAUAAAUUUGUGGUUGGUACUGUUUUAAUGUAAGUAAAAUUUUACAUUAUUGACAAAUACGUAAAUAGAUGGUACAAAACUUA